CUCAAGGCAGCCAGACAGUCCCAAUCAAACCCAGCGCUGCCCUUCUGUCUGCCAACCACAAGAUGGCGGCAUCUUGCAUAUAAAGAACACAACGGCACUUUGGCUUCUGCAACAGGGAUGGGCAAGCGAGGAGGGGGGAGAGAGACAGAGCAAUUCCAGCUCAGUAUCUUUCCUCAUGAGGUAGGCUGUGCUUGACUAGCAGCAGCAGCAGCAUCAACUUCCCCUCCCCGAACCUCCCCCCCAACGAUGCCUUUUUUUUUCUUUCCUUUUUCUUUUUUCUUUCUCACACUGAGCAAUAUUGGUAACGCCGUCCGUUGCCACUGCAACAAUGUCUCGCCUGUGCGUGGGGCGUGCGGCGUCUGAGCAGAGUUGAGAGGAAAAAAGCGGAGAGGACAUCUGUGCCUGGUUUUCCGUCAUCUGGAUGGGAAGUGCUUUUUGUCAGGGGAGACAGAGAGAGAAGAAAGCGGAAGGCAAGCCGGGGAAGGGGAACAACUGGCACCAGCCAAUCCCCCCCCGUCCACUCUCAGACUGGAGACGUCGGAGGCCACCGGAGUAUUUGCUUUUAUCUUUCGUUUUUUGUUCUUUUUUUUCCUCAUUGCGCUGCUGGGAGGUGCUUUGCCUUUUCAUUUGCUCGCUCUUUCGGUCCUCUGCCUCCUCAUCUAUUUUGCCAUUUACCUGGUCAACAAUUUCGUCCAUAUAUGAGCCAGACAAGGAGGGAGAGGGAGAGAGAGAGAGAAGCAGAAAGACAGAGAAAAAGAGACAGAGGAGGGGGAUUUUUGUUUCCCCCUCUUUAUCCUCUUUUAUCCCCUCCAUCCAUUCUUCCUUCCCUUUCCAUUGCUUUCCCUCCCUGUGCAGCCCACGCUCCCUCCUUCCUCCCUCCCUUCCUCCCUGCCUCAUCCUCCUCCCCCUCCACCCGUAACUUUGGCUACUUUUUUUUUUUUGACUCCACCUGUCGUUUUAUUUAUUUCCUUUAAGCAGCUCUAAUAGAGUCUUUUAAUUAGCUUUCGUUCUAUUUAUGCCUUUUUCACUUUUAUACCUAUUUCCCCCCUUCUUUUUUCCCUCCUUAUGCAUCUUAUCUGGCUGAUCCCUAACUAACUAUAGAGUGGCAGACGUAAGAAAAACAAGAUUCUCCGAGCAUCUUUUAGGAAGAGAAGUGACGCCGGUCCAGUGGAGUGCAAUUACCUCAACAUUGAUGCUUUGCUCCCUUGACCGUCUGAGGAUUUUACCUAAAACGGCUGCAAGUUGUUUCCUACCUCAGUCUGAGGCUAUGAAAGGGAGAGAGGAGUCCCAGGCCGCACCACCAUGCUACUUCUGAGAAGCUGGGAUGAGACUUUGGCUGGCAAAACACGAGGUAUUUCUCUCCCACUCCUACAUUAUGCCUCUUCGUGGACGCUGCAGCUCCUCCCUUCCUCACCAACAUGCUGGGGCUCACUUCUCCCCCCGAAUGGUUGCUCAGGUGCAACAUGGGGCUCGGACCCUUCAUCCACCUCCACCUCCAUCGGUUCACCGCACCACAGGCACGUCUUUAUGCCUGCCUCUCCUUUUUCUGCUGCUCUGUCUUCUCCACCUACCCCCAGCCUGUCACUCACGGAGAGAAAAGGGUGGAGGAGGCGGUGGCGGCCAUUACAUGCCCAUCCCACAGCCCCCUCCGCACCACAUGGCCCUGCCUAACAUCCUGCGGGGCCUAAGCAUCGCUGUUGUACUGGUGGGGAACUCCAGCGAGGUGGCAUUGGCAGGGGCCAGAGAGAAGGAGGACUUUCUCCACAUAGCUCCGAACGUGGAGGUGCUGACCAUGAAUGAAACGGACCCCAAAAGCAUUAUAAAGAGCAUCUGUGACCUGAUGACAGAGCACUGGCUGCAGGGUGUCGUCUUUGGGGACGACACAGACCAGGAGGCCAUCGCUCAGAUCCUGGACUUCAUUUCAGCCCAAACCCACAUUCCCAUCCUUGGAGUACGUGGAGGCUCUUCAAUGAUCAUGGCCGCCAAGGACGACAACUCCAUGUUCUUUCAGUUUGGCCCGUCCAUCGAGCAGCAGGCUUCUGUCAUCCUGAAUAUCAUGGAGGAGUACGACUGGUACAUCUUCUCCAUCGUCACAACGUACUACCCCGGUUACCAGGACUUCGUCACCAAGAUCCGAAACACCAUUGAGAACAGCUUCGUCGGCUGGGAGUUGGAGGAAGUUCUCCUGCUUGACAUGUCCGUGGACGACGGUGAUUCAAAGAUCCAGAACCAGCUAAAGAAACUCCAGAGUCCCGUGAUUCUUCUCUACUGCACAAAAGAGGAGGCCAACACCAUCUUCGAGGUGGCCCACUCCGUAGGGAUCACCGGCUACGGUUACACGUGGAUCGUCCCUUCGCUGGUUGCUGGAGACACUGUCGUAGUGCCUGCAGAGUUUCCCACAGGUCUGCUCUCCGUAUCCUACGACGAGUGGGACUACGGUCUGGAAGCCCGUGUUCGGGACGGUGUGGCGAUCAUCACCAUGGCGACGUCCACCAUGAUGAUGGACCGUGGACCUCACACCCUGCUGAAAUCUGAAUGCCAUGGAGCGCCGGAAAAGAAGACCCCAAUCUCAGGCAACCCCAAUGAAGUCCUCAGGUACCUAAUGAAUGUGACAUUUGAGGGGCGCAAUCUGUCGUUCAGCGAAGAUGGGUACCAGAUGCACCCCAAGCUUGUCAUUAUUUUGCUCAACAAAGAGAGACAGUGGGACCGGGUGGGUAAAUGGGAGAACGGCUCCUUGUCCAUGAAGUACCAUGUGUGGCCUCGCUACGAGCUGUAUGGUGGGGCGGCAACCAGGGAAGACGACCACCUGUCCAUCGUGACGCUGGAAGAGGCUCCGUUCGUCAUCGUGGAGGACGUGGACCCGCUGAGUGGGACCUGCAUGAGGAAUACCGUCCCCUGCAGAAAACAGAUCAAAACGCUCAAUCAGACCAAGGAGACGGGGAUCUACAUCAAGCGUUGCUGUAAGGGCUUCUGCAUCGACAUCCUGAAGAAGAUCGCCAAGUCGGUCAAGUUUACGUACGACCUGUACCUGGUCACGAACGGGAAGCAUGGCAAAAAGAUCAACGGGACCUGGAAUGGCAUGGUGGGAGAGGUUGUGUUAAAAAAUGCCCACAUGGCUGUCGGAUCCCUAACCAUCAACGAGGAGAGGUCAGAGGUCAUCGAUUUUUCUGUUCCCUUCAUCGAAACCGGAAUUAGCGUCAUGGUUUCCCGCAGUAACGGCACCGUUUCACCUUCCGCAUUUCUAGAGCCCUUUAGUGCAGAUGUGUGGGUGAUGAUGUUCGUGAUGCUGCUGCUGGUGUCAGCAGUGGCUGUGUUCGUGUUCGAGUACAUCAGCCCUGUGGGCUACAACCGCUGUCUGGCUGAUGGCAGAGAGCCUCACGGCCCGUCUUUCACCAUCGGUAAGGCCAUCUGGCUGCUUUGGGGUCUCGUCUUCAACAACUCUGUGCCAGUCCAGAACCCCAAAGGCACCACCAGUAAAAUCAUGGUGUCAGUGUGGGCCUUCUUCGCUGUCAUUUUCCUGGCCUCGUACACUGCCAACCUGGCUGCUUUCAUGAUCCAAGAGGAAUAUGUGGAUCAAGUCACGGGUCUCUCGGACAAGAAGUUCCAGAGUCCCAAUAAAUUCUCUCCUCCGUUCCGGUUUGGCACGGUCCCGAACGGGAGCACGGAGAGAAACAUCAGGAACAACUAUCCAGAGAUGCACACCUACAUGACCGCGUUCCAUCAGAGGAACGUCAACGAAGCUCUGCAGAGUCUGAAGGCCGGCAAACUGGAUGCUUUCAUUUACGACGCCGCCGUCCUGAACUACAUGGCUGGCAGGGACGAGGGCUGCAAGCUGGUGACCAUAGGCAGCGGCUACAUCUUUGCCACCACGGGAUACGGCAUCGCCAUCCAGAAGGAGUCUGGGUGGAAGAGACACGUGGACCUGGCCAUCCUGCAGCUUUUCGGCGACGGUGAGAUGGAGGAGCUGGAGUCCCUGUGGCUGACGGGGAUCUGCCACCACGAGAAGAACGAGGUGAUGUCCAGCCAGCUGGACGUGGACAACAUGGCCGGGGUCUUCUACAUGCUGGGCGCCGCCAUGGCUCUGUCCCUCAUCACCUUCAUCUGCGAGCACUGGUUCUACUGGCAGCUGCGCUUCUGCUUCAUGGGCGUCUGCUCCGGCCAGCCCGGCUUCGUCUUCAGCGUCAGCAGGGGAAUAUACAGCUGCAUACAUGGGGUCCAAAUCGAAGAGAAGAGCAGCUCUGCAUUGAACUCCCCGUCAGCCACCAUGAACAACACCCAUUCAAACAUCAUGCGCCUGCUACGCACUGCCAAGAAUAUGGCCUCCCUGUCAGGGGUGAAUGGCUCGCCACACAGUGCCCUGGACUUCAUCCGUCGAGACUCUUCUGUUUAUGACAUCUCUGAGCAUCGCCGCAGCUUGGCUGGCCAUUCCGACUGCAAACCUCCUUACAUGCCUGAAGACAACAUGUUUAGUGACUACAUCAGUGAAGUGGAGAGGACGUUUGGCAACCUUCAUCUCAAGGACAGUAAUUUGUACCAGGAUCACUAUCUACACCACCAUGGUUCAACCCCAGGGCUCACUGGUCCUCCUCCCAACAGACCCCACAGUUUGGGCAGUGCUAGUUCUCUGGAGGGUGGCAUGUUUGACUGUGACAGCCUGGGUGGGGGAGUGGCUCCCAUCUUCACCACCCAACCUUGCUCAGCUCUGACCCACAGGAACAUGAGCAAGUUUGACCUGUUGUCUGGACAGACUCCUCCCUCAGGCCAGAGCUUUAAGGGAGGACUGCCUGACGUCUACGGGAAGUUCUCCUUUAAAGGUGGUGCCUCAAGCUCCACUUACAUUCCGGGACCUAGCUACUGUGGGGGGAGAGGAGACGAUGAUGGAAAUAUACGUUCAGAUGUUUCAGACAUUUCCACACACACUGUAACGUACGGAAACUUGGAGGGUAAUGCCAAGAAGCGCAAACAGUACCGAGACAGCUUAAAAAAGAGGCCGGCCUCUGCAAAGUCCAGACGGGAACUGGAUGAAAUUGAGCUGGGUUACAGGAGGAAACCCUACCACAUCAGCCACCACCACUACCACAGCCAACGCUCUGUCUCCCCGCCACUAUUGCCCUCUGAACGUAAGCGAGGGGGUGGAGGAGGAAACAACAAUGGGAACUCUUACCUCUUCAGGGAAAAGGAGAGUGUUCGGGACUUUUAUCUCGACCAGUUUCGUCCCAAAGAGGGAGUCCCUCAGUGGGAGCAUGUGGACUUGACGGAGGGCCCUGGAAACAGAGAUGGAGGAGUGCCAACAUGCACCUCCUUGGUGCCAGUUGAAGACUUUCUGAAAAGCAAACCCAAAAAGUCUGACUCAAAGGGUGGACCAGGGUCUGGAUUGGCAGGCGGAGAAUGGGAGUGCAGGAACUGUCGAGCUAGUGGGGGCAAGCAGAUAUCCAUUCAUGGAGGAGGUGGUGGGUAUUCAAGUGGUAUGGGCUGUGGGUCCUCAGCUGGUGGCAGCCGCCCUAGCUCUGCAACCUGCAUGCGUUGUGAGGGUUGUAAAAAGACAGGAAACCUUUACGAUAUCAGUGAGGACAAUAACCACCCCUUGGAACAAAUGGGGGGAGGGAAAGGUGGGGGAGGAGUGGGAUGUAUGGCCGCAGGCCCUCAGGCUCAAUCUCAGGCCCAGCAGAGGAGAAAAAGUGGAGGAUUUGGGAAGCAGCUAAGGCGUCAACAUUCGUACGACACAUUUGUUGACCUUCAGAAAGAGGAAUCAGGUGGAAUGGGAAGUCUGAUGGGAGGCUUAGGGGGAGGCAUGGGAGGACCUGGGAUGGGAGGAAUGCUGCCCCCACCAAGGAGUGUUAGUUUGAAGGAGAAAGAACGCUACAUGGAAGAAAACAGCCCCUUUGCACACAUAUUUGAACGCCAUGGGGGCUCAGAAAGGGAAAGGGACAGAGACCCAUUGUUUUAUGGGGGUGAGAGCCAAAAAGGCUCUGGUUCCCCAUUCGGACUAUUCAGAGGUGGUGAGGGCCUCCACCGCCGCUCCAUUGGAGAGAGAGACAUGAGAGACAGAUCUUUGAUGGAAGGUGGAGGUGGGGCAGCAUUCUCUUUAUCCAAAUCUCUUUACCCUGACCGGGUAAACCAAAACCCCUUUAUACCCACCUUCGGCGAUGACCAGUGUCUGAUGCAUGGAGCCAAACAAUAUUACCUGACAAAGCAACAGCAGCAGCAACAACAAGUUGCCCAGAACAGCAGAGGUGACUUCAGGAGUCAAUUGAGUGCAACGUCAUAUCUGCCAGCAUCUGCCACAGCUGGGGUGAUGUCCAAUGUGCCCCCCCGGUUCCCAAAAGAGCUCAGCCUUGGUGGGAUGAACCAUCACGGGUCUAUGUUGGCAGUCGGACCCCCACGUCCCUUCAAUGGAAGCAAUGGCCAUGUGUACGAGAAACUCUCUAGCAUUGAGUCUGACGUGUAAGAGACAAAGAGGAAGAAGGAGGAGAGCAACAGAGGUUCAAAGUAUUUGGAGAUCAGGGGUAUUUCUUAGAACUAUAUAGACACAAAGCAGCUUGAGUUCAUGGGGACACAAAGAGAUGACUGAAAGAGGCGUCAAAUGAGUGGCAGAGGCAAAACAGGUAGAGACUGUUGUGCAAGAUAGAGAAUGAAGAUGGGAAUAAAAAAAUCAGGACAUCCUUAGGGGGUAAAGGAUGCUAAACCUCUCAAAAUGGCCAAAGCUACUCUACUUUUACAUCCACAUACAAUCAAUCAACAUUGUCUUUAAUCCCACAAAAGCGCUACACUUCAACAAGUUCCAUCCUCAUAGCCACCAGUGUGCUAGAAGUCACUGUGCGUGAUUGAUAUCUUGACAAAGCAUCACCUUGUUUUAGUUUUCUACAGGGGCCACAGUUUGAGGGCUCCUGUUGGGGCCUUGUGAGGAACCACAGCAAGAGCGGCAACGGGAGAGAACUGCCCAUGUGCCCCGUGACAAUUUAGAAAUUAGACGUCGUCACAUUCACUAGAGCCACAACACAGCCUGUCUUGGACACCUCCCCCUGAACCCUUGCCCACUCCUCUUCUUCUCUGCCCCCGCUUCUCCUCCAUAUCUUUGACACCUAAAGAGCUGUUUGCUGAUGAGAAAUACAAUCAUGAAUGAUAAUAAGAUAUUCUUAUAGAAAAACAGGGUAUAAAAACAACAAUAACGUUGUGAAUAACAAAGACAUUCAUGCUGUUUAUGGUAACUUUGCUUGUGAGACCAGACAUUUUGUUUUGUAUUCUGUUGGUAUAGUAUUUGACUAUUCUCUAAGUAUCUGUAGUAGUUGUGUUCCAUUUGCUCCUGGUGAUGCCAGGAAGAUUGUUCUUGGUUCAACCAACAAGCCAGAAAGACUGAGUCUUUUACUCCUGUGUUUUCUUCUGAUUUCUGUAGAAUAUUUUACUCCAUGACCAUUAGUGUAUCUGCUCCAGGAUUUCAAAGACACAUUUGGAGCUGGGAAAUUCUUGAUAUUUUAAGACAUUCCUAAUAAUCAAGCACGCACAUGCUUAAAAACACACACAGUUUCUUUUGGUUUUCUUCAGUUCUUUUGUCAGUCUGAACUCGUGUUACUGUGAAGAACGUUUUCACCAGAAGCUACUGAGAGGAAGGACGUGCCUUAAAGGUCUCCAGUGGAAGUGUCCUCCAGUUCACACGCAGCUGCACCAGAACAGACCACCGCUCAUUCAGGCUGCCCAGUGUUGCCAUCACAUGAGCCAAGCCCGCUGUAGAAAUUCGACAGCAGGCUGCAGAUGAUGAUGGUGUCCAAACAAGACGCUGUUUGAGAUCUUUUAUACCUUCGUAAAAAUAUUUCAUAUGUCAGGUAUGGAUGGUGUUUUAUGAACCAGUCGUAAUCAGGAUGUCCCACUGUUACUAAUAAGCUGAUGUGUCUCAGUUCAUAGCAACGGAAGCCUAUAGACCACCUGUUUAAUCCAUCCUACACAACACCUGUCACUUGGUUCUUGCUAGCAUUACUUCACAUCACACCAACAGUCUGAAAGGCUCGCACAGAAAUCUUUGCUUGGACAUUGUGUAAAACCAACAUUAUGCACUGUCACUUAUGCAGACCUGCUACAACAAAGUUGUAGAAGAAGCUGAUAAAAGGCAGGGUUGAGGAACUGGCUAGGCAACGGGAAGGCAGCUGUCUUGUGAAAGAUUGUUUUUUCUUUUUUACUCAGACUGUUGUAGAUAGUCUUUAACUAAAGAGGCCUCAUUUAUUGCACAGGACAUUUUACUCAGUGUAGGUUCAGGCACUCAGUAGACAUGCCUUACGAUCCCUCUCCCCCAAGUUGAUGACUCAUCAUGUACAAACUUCAGAGGCUUCUAUUAGUUAUUUGAAGGUCCGAUCUAUGAUUAGUUGGUGUCACAAGUUCAAGGGCUGAGAGAUAUCACACAGGAGUACUGGCCACAGAGAGGACCUACCGGACUGUGUGUUAAAUGAUUUUUGUAAUUAUGUCACACCCCAAUAUUAUAGCACUCAUGCAAUAGGUCGAUAUGUGUGUUUGUGCGUUUGAAGAGAAGCAGACCAUUAUUCAACAGUAAGUGCUUUUUUCCCCCCUAAUCACGCUGUUAAAUAUUCAUUACUUCAACAGCCUGUACUCCCUAACUCCUCGGAUAACACUGAGACUGAUCGAGUUAGCCUUAAAUCAGAUGCACCCUCCCUCCCACACACACACCCCAAGACACUACUAAUAAAUAACUUGGGAUCUCUGGAAUUUUUAUACACAUCUUGAAAGUUCAGGUGAACCAAACUCGGCAAAGAGGAAGAAGGGUUUGACGCAGAAAUAAAUGGCUAGUUAAGAUUUUUGAAGUGAGGCUCUGUGAUGUUAUCAAGAGUAGUUUCUUUAGCUGUACUAGAAAGAUCCGUUAUUUCAGUGAGUUAAGUAGAAAAGUGAAAACAUUGUUAUAUAUCAAUCACACUAUAGAGUUUCAACAAAGUCUUCCUGCAGAUUUGACAGUAUAGCUGCUAGUUUCAUCACCAGUUAAGCCAGAUUGCAUUGCCUAUUUUCAAUAUACGGAAAAAAUCAUGGCAUGAGCCUUUACAGCUAAAGACGCCAUUAACUGCACACUUAUGCGCCACUGCUACAAAAGGAAUGUAGGUGCUGCAAAAAUGCCGCGGCAAUGAUCCGACAAUAACAUUAGUUAAUUUCACGCGACACCAUGCAAAGGCUCUGUUUGCUUGGAAAAUUCACUCGCGCUAAAUACUUGGAGUUGCUCCAACAGAUGGGCAGUCUGACCUACUUUUUGAUUUUUUGAGCUUGGGAUUGUUUAACCUCUUGGGGGCGCACUUAGAUUUAUAGAGCAUUCAAUUUUAAGCCCAAGAUGGUCAGACAAAAAGAAUAUGACACAGCAUAUUAAUAUACUCUAUCCCAAUAUAGGACGCCACGCAUUUUGCCCCAGUACACAUCUACAGUAUUUUGCAAACCAGUGGUGUUUUAAACAUAAAAUGUGUUUAUUUAAUCUGCGUUAGACACGUGUAACAUACAUUUCUUUUGAUAAACCAACAUAAUAGCAGAUUUAAUUAGUGGAAGACUAGCUGCAAAUAAUAUGCAGUUACAUUGGUUGCAUGUUAUUUGGCUGAGAAAACAACAAGAGCUCCUGCACAAACAGGUAAGAUCCGCUAAUCUAGUGUUUUGUUUUAUUUAUUGGAAAGCUUUCUAGACAUGUUUCUGGCUGAAAUCAGAUAAUUUCUUAACCUUUCUAUAAACCGACUGCAACAUGACAUUUUUCUGUCACGGCUAGGGCAGCUAUCACUAGUAAUAACUUUAGAGAGCCUCACUUCAAAAACUCAGAACUGCCCCUUUAAGAACCUGAGAGACUUUGGUUUGGGCAUCAGUGUCAGCAUUAGUAUGUUCGAUCUUUUUCAUGUAAAUAAAUAUAUAUUUAAGAAUCUUUUCACUUUGUACAGACAGACAGGAUGUAACUUUCAGUAUGUUUUACAAUUUAAGAAAUAAAACUGUGAUAAAAACUCAUAAAAUAAAAAAAAUAUGAAUAAAAAUAUGCAAAAUAUAGAAUAAGACACAAAUAUUACUAAUCAUAAGUGAUAUUAUUGAACCUUUUUUCUUUUUCUUUAAAUCUCAUGUUUACUUGAUUAUAAUAGUUUUACCAAUACGGAUUAUGUUAAGAGUUCUGAAAUUUUUUUCUUCUUAUUUUCUCUAAAUUGUUGCAAACUGAGGAUAAUUUACUGUAGGUCUAGACGUUUAGUGAUUAAAAAGGGAAAGCUUAGUUUUAGGAGUCUAUGUUAAGUUUCCCUUGGAUUGUGUUAGACUAUCUUUUUAAGAUAAGCUCUUUCUCCAUGCUUGUCAGCAUAGAUUCAAUUAUCUAAACAUUUAUAAUACGAUAUUACAUGUAUACAGAGGUGAUAUUUGCAUAUAGAGGCAGCAGUAUAUUGUGAUCCUUCAUUUCGAAGCAGCCAUUCUUGUUUAAACGUUUUCGAGGCGUUUGUGCUUUUUUUGUUGCCCAUUUUUUUUGGACUUGGGCUCUAAACCGUAAUUGCACACAGAAUUUAGAGCCAUCAUCGGCCCGGCCUAUCCUGCUCCCUCUCUUUGUUUGGGAUAGACAUCACUGUGGUAAUGGAAGAUUACACACACACACACACACUUAGGUACACUGGACGUUUUUCCAGUGUUGAUGUUGCUGAGACUUUCAGCAAAAUAUUGUGGAGAAACUAACCAAGCUGAAGUGCAGAUUCAUCUCCGUGAGAGUGCGGCUGAAAUGCAUUUGUGCAACCCCUUAUUAAAAGGUGAAACAUUAGUUCCGUCGUGUCUCAUUUUGUGCAGGCUUUUUUUUCCCCCCGCUUCUUUAUUUAAACUGUUACUUGACAGCCGAAAAGCCCUAAAAUGUUCCGUAUUCUCAUUCAUUUUAUUCUUAUUUUAUUUAUUUAUCUCAGCUCUUUUGUGUGUUCCUCUGCAUUAGAGAGGGAAACAGCUUUAUUAAUUUGCAUGUGGGACGCCAUGCAUUCGGAAAUGAUUUUCCUCCUCCUUAUUUUGCAUGAUUCUAAUUCCAAUAAGUCUGUGUAAUCUUCUCCAACGCCCUGAGAGAAGAAAUUCGUCUCUCCACUGUUACUUUUUCUUUUCUUUUCUUUUCUCUCUAACUGCUUUCGUGUCCACGGGGUUGAUUGAAAAGUGAAAAAUGUAUCAGUGUGCACAUAAACUCUGUUAGCGGUCCAUUUUUUCCCACCCCUCUACAAGGCACUGAAAUAAUUCAAGUCAUUUGCAAUAAACAGCACAACCAAACAAAUAAUGUUCAUAUUGUACUCUAAAUAUGCUAAUUUAUCAGCUCUUGUUUUACAGGCAUCAGGGUGGUCCGUAGAGGUGUACCUGAUACUGUUAAAAAAAAUUAAAAUAAAAUAAAAAAACAUACCAACCGUCAGAUUUUCACCCCUACAGCUCAGGUCCGGCUGUGAAGCAGAUUAAGUUGGGCUUGUCAGGAGUCUUUAGUCCCCCCUUAAGGCCAAAUUGGUCCCAGUCUCCGGUUUCUGCAAACAAGCAUGUCACAACACAUUUGGUUCACGAAGGGCAAAACACUGUGUCCCCUCUUCCCCCGGUGUUGACACACGAAGAAGAAGAAGUGGCUGUUUUUCUUUUCGAUCAGGAACACUGACCCGAACCAGGGGAGCAAAGAAAAACAGGUGUGUGAUGACAUUCACUUUCCUGUCUUUGAAACUGCUUGUGUUUAUUUGAAAGAAGAAAUAAUAAAAAAAAUAUGAGUCAGUCGUGUGAUGUCACCCCAUGCAGACAGGAAGAAUUAAACUGUGAUAUUACAUAACUGAUUGUUCUGAACCUUUAUGUAACUAAGCAGUUCACACUCUAUCAGUUCCUCUCUGUUCAUUGAAAACAUUUCCCCCCCCCUUCAUAUUUUAGUUACAGACCUCUCUGUGUGUGUUUGUCUGUGUAUACAGUGCCUUGCAAAAAUAAUUCCUGGCUCUUAAAUUUUGUCACAUGAAACUGCAAUACCUUUUACUGGGAUUUUAUCUGAUAGAGCGAGUUGAAGUUGAACUGGGGAUCUGCCAAAUUUUUUACGAAAAAUCAUCCAUAGUUUUGGCCUCUAUUCAAUAACUACGUCUGUUUAUUUUUGUUUAUUUAGGCAUGUCAAAGUAAGGGCGGUUAAAGGAAAAUGGUUUUCAGAUAUUUAAUUACACAUUUUGGCUGUGCUUACUAAUUAGGUAAGCCAUUUUUAUUUAGGCGUAUCAAAGGAAACGUGGUUGAAUGCAGCCUACUUUAAAGAAUUUUUUUUUUUAGAAGUAAAGAUCUGAAAUUUUGACAUAAUUGCUUUGAGCCACAUCUACUCUGACACCCCUAAAUAAAAUAAUUUGUCUUUGUUUUCCAGAGAUGGGAUCAAAUUGCACUCUGGGGAUGCUACUGGUUUUCAUUUGAAAUUAAGUGGUUGUGUUAUUUUUCUUUAAGGGUAUCAAAGAAAAGGGGUCUGAAUUCAAAUUCAUACCACUUUUUUUUUUCUUUUUUUUUUUUUAAACUAUAUAUAAAUUUCCUUCCACUUUGACAAUUAUACCCUGCUUUGUGUCGAUUUACCACAUAAAACCCCAAAAUGUGUUAGAGUUUAAUGGGUUGGACUAUUUUUCAAUGUGCUGUAUGUGUACUAUCUCUUGAUACUGCUUCAUAUUGAUGCACACCAAGUUUUCUACUCAAUUGUGUACAGUUCUGUUUAAUAUUCCUGCUGCCCAUCUUCACCCGCUGUCAUUGCUGAGGUAUUUCCUCAGUGUUGCAUAAGGGGUUGCAACACAAUGUAUUUCCCAAAGCGAGACAAAGUCGCCGAAAACCACUGAGACUGCAUAACUUGACCACAGUAACAAUGGCUGGCGGAAGUGCAACAUACAAGUAGUGACCACUUGUGUGCGUAAUCAUGCGCAGAACAUUGCUCCUGGCCAUUGUUUUCUCUUUUCUUGGCCAUUUUCUUUGAAAUAAUGCCAAAAUUUUUACAGCAGAAAACCCACACAAAAUCAGCUAAUUGUACAGGUUCUGUAUAUACCAAAUACCGGGGGGAAAGUAUUUACCUUCACCUUUUUUUGUAUUCAAAAUGAUUGACGUAUUCUCAAUAGCAAAUUUAACCAUGUCAUGACAAAACUGCAAAAAAGAAAAAAAAAAAAACAUCAUUAAGGUACUUCUAAUAAGGAUAAUGCCGAUAUCUACCAUUAUAAGUGCUGAAAUAAGACUAUUCUUUCUCUUUGUACAUGAUGAACAAAAUGAAGUGUUGAGUAUUAAUAAUAAAAAGUAUAAGUUUCAGAUG